AUGAAACUCGCUCGCCAGAGCUGCCACAGUCUGGCUCGCGUCCUUCUCUCCCCCAGUCUUUGGUUCGACGUCUUCUGGCCCAAGACUCGCCAAUAUUGGUUCUCGCUUUUGUUCAUUGGCGUGUUAAGUGCCAAAGUGCUUCAUAUUUACUCUCAUCUCAACUCCCUAACCGUCGCUCGCUUCGUGCUGUGGGGCCCUACGUUCUUUUUGCAAGACAUUAUCUGCAUCCUCAUUGCAUACACCGUGUGCCAAGAAUUUCAAAGGAAAUGGGUUCGUGGUGUGCUAGCUUUGGUAGGGAUUUGGUCGAGUUUGGUGAUCUCCGUACUAGCCGCCGCAAACAUAUCCUUCUACACCAAAACCGGCGCCGAGAUUCAUUGGCGACAGGCGCAUUCCUUCCACCGUGAUGCCGCUUCGAUCAAGACGUUGUUGACUGGACUGACUGGUAUCUUCAUUGGCGAGAUUUUGUUUGGUCUGAUUGCGUGGGCAUCCACCCCGUUCCUAUACAACCUCACCGGCAAAGGGAUUUCGAUUUUGUGGUGGGCAAUUUCUCUAAUUUUCAGAUGCUGGAAAACAGAUCUCUCAGAAAACUACGAGCCGUUGGAUGAUGAGGACUGGGAGAAGGAUGGCGAUAAUGAUCCCGAGUCACAAACAAUGUCACGGUUGCACACAUCCAAGGAAAAUAUCCAGACCAAACGAUCUGUUCUGCCUCGAGUGCUUCUCAUCUCAGCUGCUAUCUAUAUAAUUGUCCUUCGAGCAUUUCGCCCGUUCGACGAUGCAUACGGCUUUCUUUCACAAACUGUGAUAAUCACUCCAUUGGAAAAGUCCCCAGGCGCAGAUUCAACUUCGGUAGUUAUUCCAGAUUUACCGGGCGAUUACGGCUGGCUGUACAACCACACAGCCCUAGGCGAAGCUCCAAAGUUCGAUUGGCUUCCCCUUGAGGAAGUGGCAGGCUUCCGAGACUGGUACAAAGGUGCCAAUGGCACGCAACGGCAACACUACGACCCGGCUUUAGACCCUUUGCACAUUUCCAAUCUUGAUCGUGACAUCCUGGAGUCACUGCGUGAUACUCUCAGUGGCGGCAAUGUUAGCAUCAAGCAUGUCCUUCUUAUCAAACUGGAAAGCACCCGUGCCGACGUUUUUCCUGUGCGCAAAGAAUCAUAUCUCGGUAAUUUAAUUCGAGAGGCGCAAUCCGACAAAAAGAUCCCAGAUGAAGUUGUCAAGCGAUUGGCCAAUUUGACGCGCAAUGCAGAGAGAUUUACUAGAGUCCGAUCCGGGUUUGACAACGACAACGAAGUAUUUCAGCCUUAUGGUGGUAUCUUUGCGACCAAUGCCUACACAGGCGAUACUUUUACUCUCAAAAGCAUCCUUGCGAGCGUUUGCGGCAUUGCACCGUUGGUUGUUGACUUCAAUCGAGAAUUUCUACACCACAUUUAUGAGCCCUGUAUGCCGCAUAUUUUAAAUGCCUUGAACCUGAUGCCAAACAUUACCAAGGAUGUGAAACAAGAUGACUACAAGACCUGGCCCUGGCACUCUUUGUUUAUGCAAAGUAUCACCGAUAAUUACGACAACCAGAAUUAUCUUAUUCCAGCACUUGGAUUUGAUAAGAAAAUCAUUGACGACACGAUCACCGAGGACUCGAAGAAUAAGAAGGGACCAGCUCCCCAGAAGUUCAACUUCUGGGGAUACCCAGAACAUGAACUCCGUGAUUACCUUUCGCAUGCCGUCCUGGAUGCAGAAACAAAUCAGAAGCGACUUUUCCUCACUCAUCUGACAGGUCAAACCCAUUAUCCCUGGGACAUGCCUGUGGGUGAAAAGUAUGAAAAAUUCAUGCCAACCAGCAUUUUCAAUCAUAAUGACAGAAUCGCGCGCUACUUAAACACCCUUGGAGUUGCAGAUAGGUGGCUUGGGGAGAUCCUUGAAGUUUUGACAGAGACGGAGGUAAUUAAUGAGUCCUUGAUAGUCAUGGUCGGUGAUCACGGCCUAUCCAUUAUUGAAGACGGCGGAGCCACUCCUUACGACAAUCCCCAUGUAUCCAACUUCCAUGUUCCUCUCGUCUUCUCGCACCCACAGCUACCGCCGAUUAACGUCGAUGGCCGAGUCACAUCAAUGCAAAUCCUCCCUACUAUUCUCGAUCUGUUAGUCGAAUCUGGCUCCGUGGAUGAAGCCGCAACGCGUGCUAUCAAAGAACUCCUCCCUCUCUAUGAAGGCCAGUCCAUUAUCCGAGAUCUCGUUACGGAAAAAGACGGGCGACAGGACUGGCAAUUCUCCGUGAUGAACACCGGUGGAACUUGGCUUGCCCUGCGAUCUGCGUCGAAGCCAUACCGGUUAGUCAUUCCUCUUGUUCAAGACGUGGAGUGGAGAUUCACGGAUGUCGAUAUUGAUCCGCAUGAGCUCCAUACUCUGCAGUCUUUUUCUUUGAUUCCUUUGCUGGAGGAUGUUGCAGGGGUUCACGGCGAAGUGGCUGUGGAGUGGAUCAAGGAAGCUGCACAUGUUGCUCAGUGGUGGGUUUCGGAGAAUUGGCGUCGGUAUGAAUAUGUGCCGGAAAACUAG